GGCGAAACAAACAAGAAGAUAAUGAUCAUGGCAUUUUUACAGAGCAGCCUGACGCCCCGCCCACACAUCAGCGCAUGCGCUCAAAGAUGUGGGGUGCCAGCGACUGCCCCGGGCACUGGCACGCUCACCUGGGCACGACCUGACCAGUGCCACCCAUACCCGGAGCGGACUGUGACCUGCCUCUGAGCGCGAGGCAGCUGGUUAGUGGACGCCCGUCUCCCGUCGCGUGGUGCUGACUCCCAGUAAAUAUUUACUGACCUGACACUGGUGACGGUGUGGCUGCGGGUGAGCAGUGUUGUGCCUGGUGGCGUGGCGCCUUACCGUCCUCAGCGAACCGCCUCAGCGCCACCAUCACGAGUCUGGGCCUCAGGAGCGUGGCGGGCACGGCUGAGUUCGGUGACCUGGCACUGCUGGCCAGCGCGGUGACCAUGAAGGGCGAGGAAGAAGGCGGCGUGGCGGCCCUGGCACCUCUAGUGCCGCCUGAGGAUGCCCCGCCGCCUCCUAUUACAGAAGUUCCAUCGGACACCUCCACCGGCGUGCCGGCACCUUCUGCCAGUAGCGAAAAGAGCUCUGGAGGCGCUAAACGGGGCGGCGCUCGCCGUCAGGAGAAGCCGCCCUACUCCUAUAUCGCCCUCAUUGUCAUGGCCAUCCAGAGCUCGCCGCAGCGCCGCCUGACUCUCUCCGAAAUUUAUCAGUUUUUACAACACCGCUUCGCCUUCUUCCGAGGCUCCUACACGGGUUGGAAGAACUCUGUGCGCCACAACUUGUCGCUCAACGAAUGUUUCAUCAAGCUGCCCAAGUCAAUGGGUCGGCCAGGCAAGGGACACUACUGGGCCAUCGACCCAACGGCGGAGCUGAUGUUCGAGGAGGGCUCCUUCAGGCGGCGGCCGAGAGGCUUCAGAAGGAAGGUGCAGGCAAUGAAGCCCUACCAGCUGUACCAGGGAGCAGCGCCUUCCCUGCCUUCACAUUACGAUAUGUGCGGGACUCCUGCCGCCCAAUACGGCCAGUACCCGUCCUACCAGGACUACGCGAGCUACACCCAGCCCGCCACCUCCUACAGCACCAACAUGUACGCGCCGUGCCCUCUUACUUCCUACAGCACUAGCGGGGGUGGCGGCGUGGCCGAGUACCAGCCUACGUCCCCGGGAGUCUACCCGGGCAUGGCUCCCACCGCUCCCCUCCCGUCCAUGGGGCCCCUGGGUGACCGCGACAUGUGGUCGGCUCUCACGCCCAACACCACACCCACCCUGACGCCCACGGCGACUUACGUCAAGCAGAGCAACAGCCCAACAAGCUCUCCGGCCCCCUUGACGCCGCCCGCAAGUGACAACAUGACCGGGUAUCCCAUGGGCGGGGGGCAGGAACACUCCACCCUGCACACGCCCAUCGUCACCAAUACCGCCCACGUGACUCCCUUCCAGCCCACUCACCCGCUCCACCACCACCAUCACCACCACCACCACCAUCCAGAGCUCGCAGCCAUCCAUAAGUGUGGUGUUGGUGUGGUGACUUGA